AACCGGGCGCCUCCCCCCGCUCCGGAGGCCGCGGCGCAGGUGGAACCGUCCCGGCGCGGCGGCUGGUCGGGGGGCCGGAGCUGGCUUCCGGCGCCGGCGCCGUCUGUGGCCGCGGUGGUCUGGUGCCGCCGCUAACGCGCCUCGAACUUCAGAGUCCGGUUGGCCCGCCCUGGUGGGGCCGCCGCCGCUGCAGGAUGAACUGUCGCUCGGAGGUGCUGGAGGUGACGGUGGAGGGCCGGCAGGUGGAGGAGGCCAUGCUGGCCGUGCUGCACACGGUGCUGCUCCACCGCAGCACGGGCAAGUUCCACUACAAGAAGGAGGGCACCUACUCCAUCGGCACUGUGGGCACCCAGGACGUCGACUGCGACUUCAUCGACUUCACCUACGUGCGCGUGUCCUCUGACGAGCUGGACCGCGCCCUGCGCAAGGUUGUCGGGGAGUUCAAGGAGGCCCUGCGCAGCUCCGGCGGGGACGGGCUGGGGCAGAUGUCCCUGGAGUUCUACCAGAAGAAGAAGUCCCGCUGGCCCUUCUCGGACGAGUGCAUCCCGUGGGAGGUGUGGACGGUGAAGGUGCACGUGGUGGCUCUGGCCACGGAGCAGGAGCGGCAGAUCUGCCGGGAGAAGGUGGGCGAGAGGCUGUGUGAGAAGGUGACCAAUGUGGUGGAGGUGAUGAACCGGCACGAGUACCUGCCCAAGAUGCCCACGCAGUCCGAGGUGGACAACGUGUUCGACACGGGCCUGCGGGACGUGCAGCCCUACCUGUACAAGAUCUCCUUCCAGAUCACUGACGCCCUGGGCACUUCCGUCACCACCACCAUGCGCAGGCUCAUCAAGGACACCCUGGCUCUGUAGCCCUGGCUGGAGCCCAGGGAGCUCCCGCUAGAACCCACACUGGGAAACUCGGGGCGCCGCCGAGGGGGCUGCUGCCAGCGGCCAUGUCCUACACACCCCCUGCGGGGCCCUCUGCCGUCCCCGCGUGGAAGCACACCACUGGGUCGGUGAAUAAAGUUGAGAGUGCAAGUUGGGGUUGAGCCGUCCUCCCCGGCGGUGUUUGGCCCCAGACGUCAGCCCUUCCAGUGUUCCUGCGAGGGCGCGGUGUGAUGGGCUUACACACCAGGGGUGCCUGGGCGGCUGGAGAGUCACACAGAGGCCGAAGAGGGUCGGUGAGCCCGCCCCCAGCUGCGUCCAGGUUUUAGGGGACCCCUGCCCCUCUGCUUCUUCCCAGGCGGGCUUGGAUUCUGGAGCCCUACACGCACAGCCUGCCUCCUGGAGCAUUCUCCCGCUGCCAAAACGCCAUCGCCCCGGCCCGGUUUGUGGUGCGGAUGACAGGCUAGGGGCCAGCUGGACUGUGGAGAGACCUGCACCUGGAACCCUCGUGUUCUGCUGUACCUCCUGAGAUGCGCCUGGAGUGCAUGAACCCGCCGGCCCGGGGACUGGGUGCUGGCCGUGCCCCCUCCGCCAGGCCUCUGGGGACGACGGGCCCGGCCCCUGCUCCGGUGCGGGGCGGCAGUGGUCUGAGGGGCCCGUGGCCUGUCCUGUGGAGGGCUGCGGGUCCGUGUCUCACAGGGAGGCCUGGGGUGCCCCAGCACCCGGCUGUGCCCCAUUGCUUCCUACCACUUGUUAUUAAAUGUGUGGGAGAAGAGUCUA